AUGCGUCUCCCAUACGUCCCCGACCCGCCGAACUUCACGUCCGAAGAAGACAAAGCCGUCGAGCAGCGCGUCAGACAACGGCGAGGCGAGAAGGGCCUCAUAGCUCUAGACCGGACAUUGCUUCAUGCUCCCCCGGUCGCGGACGGGUGGAACUCAUUCCUCGGCUCCAUCCGCACGAAAACCAGUCUACCCACAUCCAUCCGCGAAACAGCCAUUUGCCGCGUUGCAGUUCUAAACAAGGCAUG